AUGGAGCACAAGGAGACUGGAUGCCAGGCCCCCGAGGGACCCAUCCUUUGCAUCAAUAACUGCGGCUUCUUCGGAAGCGCAGCUACCAUGAACAUGUGCUCCAAGUGCCACAAGGAGAUGAUAAUGAAGCAGGAGCAGGCCAAGCUGGCUGCCUCCUCUAUCGACAGCAUCGUCAAUGGCAACGAUGCUGUCAUGGAACCAGUUGUUGCUGGCAACACAGUGGUAGCUGUUGCUCCAGUUGAGUUGCAAACAAUGAACGUGCAGCCCACUGAUGUUGCUGGACCUAGCGAGGGGGCGGCGGUGAUCUCCAAAGGGAAGGUAGGGCCAAACCGGUGCAGCACUUGCAGGAAGAGGGUUGGACUUACAGGAUUCAACUGCCGGUGUGGGAACUUGUACUGUGCACUCCACCGCUACUCCGACAAGCAUGACUGCAAGUUUGACUAUCGGACUGCUGCUAGGGAUGCCAUUGCCAAGGCUAAUCCAGUGGUGAAGGCGGACAAGCUCGACAAGAUCUAG